UUGAAUGCAUGUGGCGCGAUAUGGGGAAGCUGAGUGGAAAAAUAGUUUGACAGCAGGAGAGCCGAAGAGACUAAAAAUCGCCGUGUGGCUCUCCAUCUCUCCAAACGACAUGUUUUCCACACAGCAGAGUUGUUGGUUUAUCCGCAAGGUUAUUUGCUGGAGAGCUGCGGCCAGUAUUGCUUGGGCUGUCCUGUUGUUGCCACCCACUACUGCGGUUUUUGUUAUCCUCAGCCGGUUCAGUCUCCUUCAUCCUAUCCAGACGAUAUCAGAAUGCCUGUCCCUCCUAUCAAGUGCAAGUGCCAUCUUCUCCUUGAUAUUACUGUUUGGAGUGAUCCUCAUGGUGGGGUUCCUGAACCUGGAGUAUUAUACAGUCAUUCCCACUAUUGCAUGCUCAAAGAUCGCCCUGUUGUGUCAGCUGCUCCACCCUCGCCAGUUUCUAAGCUCCAUGGCCCACUGCAUCAUGGGAAUAAUCGUUGGUUGGUGUAGUGCCAUCACCAUUGGGGGCAGAUAUGAGACACUUGGAUAUUCUUGUGAGGGUUCCACUCAAAUGUGUCUGAAUGAGUAUCACGUCUUCCUUCUGCUGGCUGGAGCCUUCGUUGGAUUCUCUCACAGUCUGCUGGGUGUGAUCCACAACAUGAACUAUGUGGCUUUCCAAACUGUUCAGCAACACAAAUACCUCCGCUUUAAGGGAUCCCUACCUCUGGUGGUGAAGUGCAGCGCCACUCAAGCACUGUACUCUGUCAGGAACUACAUUGUUGUGUAUUUCUUCUUGGGAGACAUUCCAAGAGCGUGGAUUUGUAAAACAUUGAAUCUUCAGUUAAACAGUUCUGCCCACCAGCUUGACAGUAUAGCAGGACUGCUGGACCUCUCCCUGCUCUACCACCUGUGGAUGAGUGCCACCUUCCUCCUCUUCACAUGGCACGUCACACUGCUGCUCUUUCGGAUCUUUGUCACAGAGACGUACAGUUUUCCUGUGCAGUCGUCUUUCACUGAGGAUGCCCUCCUGUGUCUUCCCAAAGUUCUUACUGAAAAGCAGCCAGUCAUAGUAAAGUUUCUAGCUCUGCAGGACUUGGCUCUGCUGUCUCAACACUCCCCAUCACGACGCUGCGAGGUCUUCGGUCUGAGUCAGCCAGGUGGUCAUCCUCAUAACUGGAACGCCAUCAGUAAGGAGUGUAUGUCUCUGCUCGCUGAUCUGACCCAGAGACUUGUAGCCUACCACGACACCGUGGCAACCAACGGCAGAGCCAAAUCGCUGUCCACUGGGAGUGAAAGGAAGACCUCGUCCGAGACUUCAUUAACCUCAGGUACAGAGGAUCUGAUGAGCCCCAGGCCCACUCUACUGAUAAAAACUCCAGCUUCAGUCUUUGCACGCUCCGUUAUUGGCCAUCCGCAGAGUCCUCUGACGGCACCUUUCACUCCUGACCUGGACAGCCCUUUUGCGUCUCCCGCCCUGCGUCGUCUUACUGCUCCUGUGGAACAGUGCUCGCCGUGGUUCGGUACAGUGCAGAGUCCCCACGUCAUGAGGAGAGGUCCAAAACUCUGGUCCACCUCCACAGAUUCACAGGUCAACGGCAGUCCCCCACCCUCCCCCGCUUCAGUAACCGAUCCAAAAGCAGAACAGUCCAAACCAAGUCUGCUGGCUAAGUUCCUCCAAAACCGAAAAGAUCAGGUUAAAAAUUUCUUGGCAAAGCGGGUGCUGAUAAUGUAUUUGUUUAACAAGCUUCCAGAAGCCUCCAGUCAGGCUCUGUUUGCAGACAGCCAGGCUCACAUCUGGGCUUUAGAAGGGCUGUCCUACCUUGUUCAAGCUUCCUUCUCAGAGGACCAGUUUGGGGUUGUACAGACCACAUUACCCAGCAUUCUCAGUUGCAUGCUGGUCUUACAAGAGGCAGUAGAUCGACACUUCAAGCUGCCUCAUGCCUCCAGUAAGCCGGUCAGGUCGACCAGCAGCAUGGGAGACUCCACCUACAAAACCCUGCGCUUUGCUCUCAGGGCCACUCUAAAGACCGCCAUCUACAGGAUAACGACUACAUUUGGAACUCACUUAAAUGCUGUUCAGAUGUCUGCAGAGCAUCGGAAAAGAUUGCAGCAGUUCCUGGAAUACAAGGAGUAACACAGCUGACACUUUAGAUUCUCAUCAGUGUGAUUUUGUGUGCGAGUGCACGUAAGUGAAAGCUCAUGAUAGUGCCUCUUUUAAUAUUUAUGUCUGCACUAUGUCACGGCAGAUUGUAUUUGACAGGCUAGAUGACAUCGACACGCAGGAGGAAGUCCAACAGAUUAACUGAAACAGGUUGAAGGCUGUUGCCGCCUGCGUUUGGGUGAUUUAAACUAGCUUACUGUAAAGUUAAGCAGCUCAUUCCAAAAUAUGAUUUAGUAUUACAAGAAAAAUCAUAUCAGCUUUUUUCUUUCUUUCUUUACUUCUGCUCUUUGGGAUGACUUGCAAAAGGGCUAUUUGUGCUGCGUUUGUAACAUCUGGUUUCCUAUUUAAUCUGCGAUCUUCUUGAGUCACAUCCUUGUGGUUUCAAUGCAA